AUGAAAGAAGCAUGGAUUUCAGGUAGCGUGAGUAGUAUGGACAAAAAGGACAGAAAUGGCACGACAUCAACACAGGAAGAGGAUCGUGCACCGAUUGAUAGGGUAAAUAAUCCAGAUAGCAUGAAUGGGGUUUUAAAAAAGGAAAGUAAUGGUAGUUUAAGUAGUAAAUCGACCACGGGUUCGUUGGCCGAAAAGGAGGAAAGUGGCAAGGUAUCAACACAGGAAGGGCCAGAGCCUGUUGAUCCGUACUAUGUUGAAUAUUGGUUUACUGUUGAUGGCAAUAAGACAUCAUAUGCGAAAAGUUUCAUGAGUGCCCUUGGAAUCUCAGCUCAAAUACCGAAUUUCGUUGUGGCACUGGUCAACGUUUCGCAGAUCAUAGGAGGAUUACUAAUGGUUCGGAUAGCUGGCUCACUCACAAUCAACUGUCUAAAUGUUGUUGCAAUCCUUGCACUGGUAAUAUUCCAAAAUCCGAGUGAAGAAGCAAUGAAUUGGUUCUACAUUGUGUCGCUGGUAAUUGUCAUGGUUAUGAAUGCAUCCAAUGGUCUCUACCAGAACUCCGUUUUUGGUUUAGCAGCUGAUUUUCCAGCCGCAUACAGUAAUGCUGUCGUAGUUGGUACCAAUGUUUGUGGGACAUUUAUCAGUGUACUCGCCUUAGUUACUACAGCAGCUUUGCCAAGCAAGUACAAAACGGUAGCGAUAAUAUAUUUCUCCAUUUCACUUGGAGUUCUCCUGCUGUGUGGCGUAUCGCUCAUUAUACUUACUAGAAUGGAAUUUUACAAAUACUACCUCGAAAAAGGAAAUCGUGCUCGGGCAUCGCAGAAAUCUGGUCGGCCGACGUUGAGAGAAUUUUGGGAGACUUUUAAAGGAUGCUGGAUGCAACUUUUAAGUAUCGUGCUCGUGUUCUUUGUUACACUAUCCGUCUUCCCAACUGUUCUAGCUGGAACAACACCAAAUGGAAAAGGACAACCAUGGAAUAGUGCCAUAUCUAAGGAGCUUUAUCCUGGUCUUACAACAUUUUUGGCAUUCAACCUUAUGGCAGCUGUCGGGUCGACGACUGCGGGCUUUAUACAGUUUCCAGGACCACGCGCAUUGAUAUUUCCUGUCCUAGCCCGUCUUCUUUUCAUUCCAUACUUUAUGCUAUGUAACUACAACGUUGACGACCGCGUAAUGCCAGUUAUAUUCAAGAACGAAUGGUGGUUUAUCAUUGGCAAUAUCAUAAUGGCAUUUACUAGCGGCUACUUCAGUUCAUUAGGAAUGAUGUAUGCGCCAAGGGUAGUCGAAAGCAAACUUUCAAAAACGGCAGGAAUGGCAGCUGCAUUGUGUUUAGUGAUAGGUCUAAUGACUGGCGUGGCCUUCACACCGGCAAUAACUGCGAUGGUGAACAAGAUCAGUUGA